AUGCGGCUUCCGCGCGUUCUUCUGGACGGGCAUCAACAUUCUGGUGAAGGACCAUCUGAAGCUGGGUCUGUCCUUGCGCCUGCCUCUUCCCCUCCCUCCACCUUUCUUCACCCAUCCUCACCGUUCUUCAAUCCAUCCCAUAUCAUUCACACCUCUCAGGGCUUCCGCGCGUUCCCCUGGACGGGAAUCAGCAUUCUGGUGAAGGACCAUCUGAAGCUGGGCCCAGCAGCAGCGCAGCUCAUGACCUCCACCGCCUACAUGCCGUGGAGCGUGAAGCCCUUAUAUGGGGGCGGACGGCGCAUUCCCUACAUAAUCAUCGCCAACGCCCUCUCGCUGCUCUCCUGGCUCGCCCUCGCGUUCGUCCCAAGUCUCGCCGCCUCCGCUGCGCCCUUCACGCUGCUGCUCGUGCUGCAGAACGUUGGGGCGGCCAUGGCUGACGUGGUGAUAGAUGCCAUGCCCGAGAAACGGCACUCUCUAGGUGCGCUGCAAGCCGCCUCCCCUGCGCCCUUCACGCUGCUGCUCGUGCUGCGGAACCUGGAGGCGGCCAUGGCUGACGUGGUCAUCGAUGCUAUGGUGGCAGAAGCGGCAAAAGGAGAAAAGGAGAGGUAUGCGGGCGACCUACAGUCCCUCUCCUGGUUCUCCAUGGCAGCAGGCGGCGUGGUGGGAAGCCUCCUAGGGGGCCCAGCUCUAAAGACGCUGCAGCCACACGGCAUCGAGAGUGAGGAGAGUGGCGAGUUGGGGGAGUGGGAGAAGGUGGUACCAGAGCAGGUGGUACCAGAGCAGCAGGAGGAGGAGAGUGUGGAGGGCAAAGGGAAGGAAAUGGGUAGUGAUCUUUUCGAACCCUCAAGGGGAAAGGCUGAUGAAAAGUCUCUAGAGGCUGUAGGCGCGAGGAAGAAGGAUGGAGAAGGAAAAGAGGGGGACGAGGUGGGUGGAGGAAAAGAGGAGGGUGGGGGCGAGAAGAGUGUGGCAGGAGAGCAGAGCACAGGGCUGCGACAACGGAGAGGCAGAGAGGGGGGUGACGGGGAAGGAGGGAAGGGAAAUGCAGCUGAGACUGGAAGGGCGGAGGGAGCAGAGGAGGCGAGGAAGAGGAGAAGUGAGGAGAGAAGUAGAAGGAAGGCGGCAGGGGGGUUGGGGAGGAAGGUGCUUGAUCUGGUGACGGCUCUGUGGCAUGCUGUCAUGUCUCCAGACAUCUUCUGGCCUAUGGCAUGGUUCAUGACGUCAUGUGCUGUCAUGCCCACCCUAACCUCCUCCCUCUUCUACUUCCACACCAACCAUCUGCACCUCUACCUCCUUACGAACCAUUUCCAACCCCAUCCGUCUUCCCUCUGCCUCCACUUAGUCCCCACCCUAACCUCCUCCCUCUUCUGCUUCCACACCAACCAUCUGCACCUCGAUCCCUCCUUACGAACCAUUUCCAACCCCAUCCGUCUUCCCUCUGCCUCCACUGUGCUUCCCUCUCCCACAUUCCCCCAGGCCCAUGGCAUGGUCCAUGACGUCCUGCCUAUGGCAUGGUUCAUGACGUCAUGUGCUGUCGUGCCUACCCUAACGUCUUCCCUCUUCUAUUUCCACACCAACCAUCUGCACCUCGACCCCUCGUUUCUUGGCUCCACUAAGGUUAUGAUACUAUGCCUACCUCUCCAAUCUCACUCGCCCACUCCUCCAUCCCCCAAUCCUCUGCCUGCCACCCCUCCUUUUUCCCACACCCCUUUCCCCACCUGUUCCUUUAUGGCUCCAACAUCCCCUUCCUCGCUCCCCAAGGUCAUUGGCUGGGCGGGCCUCAUGCUCGGGACUCUGCUCUACAACACGAGGCUCAAAUACGUCCCGAUUCGACGAAUCUUCAUGUGGGUGCACAUUUCAAUGGCCGUGUGCACAAUCGCCGACACCCUCCUCACCUCUCGCCUCAACUUGAGGCUCGGCAUACCUGAUACUGUCUUUCUGCUGGGCUCUGCUGCUGUUUCCGAUGCAGUCAACCAGUUCAAGUCCUCCUGCUGGACUCAGCUGCUAUUUCCUUCAUCCCUUCACUAUCCAUCCAACUUCAUGCCAUUUUGUCCUUCUCGUGCUGUCACUGUUCCUCUUCCUCUUCCCCCCUACCUCCAUCCCGUCAAAUCCCAUCCAGGUUCAUGCCAUUCCUCGUGCUCUCUCUCUGCACCCCUCAAUCCCCCCCUCUCCUCCUUUGCCCCAUCCAACCCCCCGUCCCUUCACCUCCCAUUCAGGUUCAUGCCAUUCCUCGUGCUCUCCGCCCGCCUGUGCCCCCCGGGGAUAGAGGGAACGCUCUUUGCUCUCUUCAUGUCGGCCUACAACUUUGGCAACACCCUCAGUGGCUACAUGGGCGCCACUCUCGCCACGCGGCUAGGAAUCACCGCCACGUCAUUUGAUAACCUGACACUUGGCGUCACGAUACAGGCUGUUUGCACGCUGCUGCCGAUCCUGUUCCUCCGCUGCGUGCCGGCUAAUAUGACUGGUGUUGGGGACGAAGGGAAGCAAUCAGUACGGGUGGUGGAGGAACAAAGAGAAGAUGAGGUUUCGAGGAAACAUACAGGGUCGAAACGGCCAAAGAAGCACGAGUGA